GAUGAAUCCCAAACGCCAAACAGUCUCGCCACCGGGACCGAACCAACACUUCUUCCUUGUUAAUGCCAACAAGAAACUCUCUUCGUUUCCACCUUCUUCUUCUAUGCUUAAACUACUUCGACUCUCGUCUUCUCUUCUAGCCCGUCACUCUUUUAGUACAACAAGUAAAUUAUCUUCCUCGUUAAGAAGACCAACAAAGUACCGCAACUGUCCUUGUUCCUCGGCAUUUGUUGGUCGUUUCCACACGCACAAGGUGUUGGCCAUGGCUGAAACUACGUCUUCGUCUUCGUCUUCUCACGAGCAUACUAAUCGUCUCUCAGCUGAGCACAGUCCAUAUCUCCUUCAACACGCCCAUAACCCUGUCAAUUGGUACCCAUGGGGCGAAGAAGCAUUCGCUGAAGCACGUAGACGAGACGUCCCAAUUUUCUUAUCAAUUGGAUACAGCACUUGUCAUUGGUGUCAUGUUAUGAAGGUGGAGUCUUUUGAGGAUGAAGAGGUCGCUGAAUUGUUGAAUGAUUCGUUUGUCAGUGUGAAGGUGGAUAGAGAGGAACGACCUGAUGUUGACAAGGUCUAUAUGACAUUUGUACAGGCAUUGUAUGGUGGAGGAGGGUGGCCACUCAGUGUCUUCAUUUCACCUGAUCUGAAACCUUUGAUGGGUGGAACUUACUUUCCCCCAGAUGAUAAGUAUGGAAGACCAGGAUUUAAGACCAUACUUAGAAAGGUAAAGGAUGCUUGGUUCAGUAAGAGGGAUACGCUUGUGAAGAGUGGAGCCUUUGCUAUUGAACAGCUGUCAGAAGCAUUGUCAGCAAGUGCAAGUUCAAAGAAAUUGCCAGAUGAGCUUUCACAAAAUGCUUUGCAUCUGUGUGCAGAACAACUUUCUCAAAGCUAUGAUUCACGAUAUGGAGGGUUUGGAUCUGCCCCAAAGUUUCCUAGACCGGUUGAGAUCCAAUUGAUGCUUUACCAUUCAAAAAAAUUGGAUGAUGCUGGAAAUUACAGUGAAUCAAAGAAAGGUCUGCAGAUGGUUUUCUUUACCUUGCAAUGCAUGGCAAGGGGAGGCAUUCAUGAUCAUAUUGGAGGUGGUUUCCACAGAUAUAGUGUGGAUGAACGCUGGCAUGUUCCUCAUUUUGAGAAAAUGCUGUAUGAUCAAGGCCAACUUGUUAAUGUUUACUUGGAUGCCUUUUCCAUUACCAAUGAUGUCUUCUAUUCAAGUCUAUCCCGUGAUAUUCUUGAUUAUUUGAGGAGAGACAUGAUUGGACCAGAAGGUGAAAUAUUUUCAGCAGAGGAUGCUGAUAGUGCUGAGCGUGAAGAUGCCAAAAAGAAAAAGGAAGGAGCCUUUUACAUAUGGACCAGUCAAGAGAUUGAUGACCUCCUUGGAGAGCAUGCAACUCUUUUUAAGGACCACUAUUAUGUAAAGCCUCUGGGGAACUGUGACCUUUCUAGAAUGAGUGAUCCACAAGAUGAAUUUAAGGGGAAAAAUGUGCUCAUUGAAUUAACUGAUACUUCAGCACCGGCAAAAAAAUAUGGCCUGCCUCUUGAAAAAUAUCUUGAUAUUCUGGGUGAGUGCAGGCAAAAGCUUUUUGAUGCAAGAUCCAGAGGACCAAGGCCACAUUUAGAUGAUAAGGUAAUUGUCUCCUGGAAUGGACUUGCAAUUUCAUCUCUUGCAAGAGCUUCCAAAAUCCUUAUGGGCGAAGCAGAGGGCACAAAAUACAACUUCCCGGUUGUUGGUUGUGAUCCCAAGGAAUACAUGACUGCUGCAGAGAAGGCAGCGUCUUUCAUCAGAAGGCAUCUUUAUAAUGAACAAGCUCACAGGCUAGAGCACAGCUUUAGGAAUGGUCCGUCUAAAGCACCUGGAUUUUUAGAUGAUUAUGCAUUUCUAAUUUCUGGGUUGCUGGAUCUUUAUGAGGUGGGUGGCGGGAUCCAUUGGCUAGUGUGGGCAACCGAACUACAGAAUAAACAGGAUGAAUUAUUUCUCGACAGAGAGGGAGGAGGCUAUUUUAAUACCCCAGGAGAAGAUCCUUCAGUUCUCCUACGAGUAAAGGAAGACCAUGAUGGUGCUGAGCCCUCAGGAAAUUCAGUUUCGGCAAUAAAUCUCAUAAGAUUGGCCUCUAUGAUGACUGGCAGCAAGUCUGAGUAUUACAGGCAGAAUGCUGAGCAUCUUCUGGCAGUUUUUGAGUCGAGAUUGAAGGACAUGGCUAUGGCAGUACCUCUGAUGUGCUGUGCAGCUGACAUGAUCUCUGUGCCUUCCCACAAGCAAGUUGUCUUAGUUGGCCACAAAUCAUCCUUGGAAUUCGAUAAAAUGCUUGCUGCUGCUCAUGCAUCAUAUGAUCCCAAUAGAACAGUGAUUCAUAUAGAUCCUACCGACAAUGAAGAAAUGGAGAUUUGGGAGGACAAUAAUAGCAAUAUAGCUCUCAUGGCAAGGAAUAAUUUUGCUGCAGAUAAAGUAGUUGCUCUCGUCUGUCAAAAUUUCACAUGCAGUCCCCCAGUCACGGAUCCCAAGUCUCUUAAAGCAUUGCUUCUCAAGAAACCUACCUGAGGUGUAAAUCUUGGUCAGUGAAGACUUUCAAAGUGUUAAUUGUAUGUGAUGUAUAAGACAUACCUUUUUCGUGUUGUAACUAGAUUGGUGAGCUAUGUCACGAUCAAAUGUUUUUCAAAAAAAAAAAAAGAAUUUUAUUA